UACAUCCCAUUUCCUUGCGUUGGAACCUGGCUAGCGACUGCGUUUGACACAGGGAGUUGCACUUCCCUAUCGCUCUCUCUGCAUCUAAUCAGUACCGAUACGAUUGCUGCUAUGCUAUCACAUUUACGAUGUUUGUCACGGACACUUGGGCGCUCUCUUUCUGCGCUAAGUCAGGGAAAUGGUGUACUGAUACGAAGGAGUGCAUCAGGCCUUUCCGCCUCCAGCCGUCUUGUUUACAGGAAUGGCCAGCCAUGUGAUUCCAGGUCAGCAGUCAACGUCUUCCAAAUGCGAUACUUCAAGACAUCUACAUUACGCAGAGACGAAGUUCUCACCGUCAACACCCCAGCGUUCGCUGAGUCCGUCACAGAGGGGGAUGUGAGGUGGGAAAAAGCUGUUGGGGACUCCGUGAGUGAGGAUGAGGUGGUGUGUGAAAUUGAGACAGACAAGACCUCAGUGCAGGUACCCUCUCCUGCAGCCGGAGUGAUUGAGGCUCUCCUGGUGCCCGACGGAGGGCGAGUUGAGGGAGGAAACCCCCUCUUCAAACUCCGGAAAGGAGCCGGUGCUGCCAAAACUGCUGCCUCAGCAGAAGCCCCUGUGGCCGCUGCAGCCCCUCCUCCUCCAGCAUCACCACCUCCCACCCCCGUCGCCAUCCCCGUCGCCUUCCCCCCCGUGCCAGGACAAGCCAAGGAAGCCAAACCCGUUUCUGCUGUCAAGCCAACCGCACCUCGAGCUGCCCCAACCCCUCCCACAGCAGCACCCACAGGAGCCAGGACAGAAAGCAGGGUGAAGAUGAACCGCAUGAGGCUGAGAAUCGCCCAGAGGCUUAAGGAGGCCCAGAACACCUGUGCCAUGCUGACCACUUUCAAUGAGGUGGACAUGAGCAACAUCCAGGAACUGAGAACCCUCCACAAAGACGCUUUCCUAAAGAAACACAACAUCAAACUUGGCUUCAUGUCUGCGUUUGUCAAAGCUGCAGCCCACGCCUUGAUGGACCAGCCGUCUGUUAAUGCUGUCAUUGAUGAUUCAACCAAAGAGAUAGUGUACAGGGAUUACGUAGACAUCAGUGUGGCUGUGUCGACUCCAAAGGGACUUGUGGUACCAGUGAUUCGCGACGUAGAAACAAUGAACUUUUCUGACAUCGAGAAAACCAUUAAUGGAUUGGGAGAAAAGGCUCGCAAGAACGAACUGGCCGUGGAGGAUAUGGACGGAGGCACGUUCACCAUCAGUAACGGCGGUGUUUUUGGAUCCAUGUUUGGCACACCCAUCAUCAACCCUCCCCAGUCUGCAAUCUUGGGCAUGCAUGGCAUCUUCGAGAGGCCAGUGGCCAUAGGGGGCAAGGUGGAGAUCCGGCCCAUGAUGUACGUAGCACUGACAUAUGACCACCGUCUCGUCGACGGCAGAGAGGCCGUUACCUUCCUACGCAAGAUCAAGUCAGUGGUAGAGGACCCACGCGUGCUGCUUCUUGAUAUGUGAUUUCCUGUCCCCAAAAAGUUUAUUUAAAGAUGAUGUCAUUGAUAUAUAUAAAACUGCAUCCCCUUUAUAUAAAAAAAAAAAAAAAAAAAAACACAAGCAACGGCUAUAUUCUACAUUUUUCUGUAUAAGUGACGGAAUGGGGGACCGGAUGACAUUUUUAGGGACUGUCUCCUCAAUGCAGUUUGUCGUUUCAGACUGGAUAGUCAUUUAAAUUCCAGGGCCUAAAGGAAUCUGGGUAUGGAAUUUCACCUCAAAAUAUGGAAAAUGUAUUUCAAAUGUUUAUUCUUUUCUUCAAUGUCUGGUUCAACAGUUGUUGUGCAAAGUACACAAGAUUAUGCCCAGUUUUCUGAUUUGUUACCCAUCAUAUUGUCAUUUUAAAUGCUAUGUUACUGUGUAUAACUCUUAUCCAAAGCUCAUGUUCAACUCCAAAUGCCAUUUACACAUCCACUUGAGGCUUUUAAUUAUUUUACAGUUAUUUAGCCAAAACUGGUGCUCAAUUAGAUAUAUAAAGGCCAUGGACCAUUUAUAUGAUUGUCGUUUGUCAUGGUUGUGUAAUCAUCAAACAUGUCUACACACCACUUAGUCUGUCAGUCUAUCCUUCUCGUAGUGUGAAACAGACCAGGUUCUCUAAGAAGGAGAGAAGUGGACGGAAGUGAACUAGCUGCCAUGACACUUUUGUGAACUGAUCCAUUGUCUUUCUUCUGCCGCUGUACAGUCUUCUGCUUUUGAGACAGUGGCCACAGAAGACAGACGUUUUUGAUAAAUGCACUGUCUGUGUUUAUUGAUCUCUUCAAUGUAAUGGACAACAUGCAAGACCAGACUUUUUGUUUGUUUGUUGUAUUAACAACUCUUGGGGAGUAGUUUUCAAGACGCACAAUUUAGCAGUAUGUACUGUUUCUCAUGAGCUCAUCACUGCAAUAUACAAAAUGUGUAUCUAUUUAAAGAAAAUGUUUUAAAGCAGUUAAAACGACAUACGUUUUAUGUAAACUACUGUAUCUUUGUUCCUCAUUCUUAACUUUCUAGUUCUGACAGGUUUCUGAAAGGUUCAUUUCUUUUGGUUGCUAUUAUAAGUAAAAAAAACAAAAACACGA